AUGCUCAGAGAUCUAUAUGAUUUUCUUUCUUAAAAUACUGAGACAACAGAUGCAGAACCUAAUUAUCAUAAAUUUGUAUUAAAUAAAACAAAACUUUCAAAACCAAAUCCUUAUGCUUACAAAAUUGAAUAUCAUAGAUAAAGAAAAAAUAGUUAAGCCUUUGGAUCUUCAGCAGAAAGAUCUAAAGAAGAAUUUAAAUUACCUCCACUAUUAAGCUAUGAAAUUUCCUAUUCUCAAGUUGAUGUCAAUAUCCCUAAAGUUAGAAUUUAAUAAAAAAACAAUAACCAAUCAAAUACUAGAUUUACCACCGAAUCUAAUAUCCAUAUGGUUAGAAAAUCUAAAAAAAGUAAAUCUCUAAGAAUAGAAAAUAUUAAUUAAAGACAACAUUUGAGAUAGUUUCCAUUAGAAUUUGAAAGACCUAAUGAAUAUAUCCCUUCUCAUCCCUUUUAACCUAUGAGCAAUAUUGAGCUGUAAGAAUUGUUUCAAAGUCUAUUGUAUUUUUUAAUUUGUAACCGAUAGAUCUAAACAUAAAGUUCAUAAACCAAUUAAUUCCUGGGAUCGAUGA